GAUUUUCCCGCGUUUUGUUAUGUACAUAAGAUAAAUGUUCAAGAGGUUAUGUUGUUAAAACACGAUUAACUUUUCAGUUAUUCAAAAAAUACACUUUUAUUACUUGUAGUGCGAAUAACAAUAAAUUCGUACAUUCAGUUUUGUCAUGCUUAAUGGAAACUUAUUGAAGACGAUAAAUAUUACAAAAAACUUCAAGUUAUGGAGUUCUACAAUACCUUGGAAGAUUCCUGAGUAUCCCGAGCUUAAUGAAGAAUAUCUUUGUAAUCCUUGUAAUUCAAAUGCAAUAGAAAAGAAUAUAAAUAACAGAAAAGGUGUUGGUGAUAUUAAGUUGUUACACGAGUUGAAAAAUAAACUAGAGAAAAUUAAUGGGCAAUCACAUGAAUAUGAAAGUAUUAGGAGCCAAUAUUAUAAAGAGUUGAAUCAAAUUCCCAAUGACACUCAUCCAAAUAUUUAUACUAAUGGCGAUAAACCAAAAGUAAUUAAAGUAGUUAAUAAUAAAAAAUUGUUUCCUUUUAAAUGUGAAGAAUUUGGUGAAAUAGCUAAAAAACUUAAUUUGGUGAGAACAGAACAACUCGGUAAUGUAUCUGGAAAUAGGAGCUAUUAUAUUCUAGGUGAACUGGCUGAAUUAGAGCAAGCACUGAUUAAUUACUUUGUUGAAAAUUUAAUAAAUUCAGGAUAUGAACUUAUAUCUGUACCAGAUAUAUUACCCAGAUAUAUAAUUGAAAGAUGUGGGAUGAAUACUAGAGGAGAACGUAAUCAAGUGUAUACUUUGGAUUCAAAAAUACAUCCACCAGAUAUGUGCCUUUCUGGUACAUCAGAAAUGGCAUUAGCAGGGUUCCUUGCUGGAGAUAUUUUAUCAGAGGAUGAUUUACCUAAAAAGUUAGCUGCGGUUAGUAGAUGCUAUAGAGCUGAAACAUCCAGUACAGCAGAAGAAAGAGGGAUCUAUAGAGUUCAUGAAUUCACUAAAGUGGAAAUGUUUAUGGUAACCACACCAGAAAUGUCUGAUAAUGCUUUGGAAGAAAUACGAAAAUGGGAAGAGGAACAAUUUAAAUCUCUUGAUUUGCAUUUCCAAGUUUUAGAUAUGCCACCACAUGAAUUAGGAGCACAAGCUUAUAGAAAAUAUGACAUUGAGGCUUGGAUGCCAGGUAGAAAAGUUUAUGGAGAAAUUUCCAGCUGCAGCAAUUGUACAGAUUAUCAAUCUAGAAGGUUGAAUAUAAAGUACAAGACCAAAGAGGGAGAAACCAGAUUCGUACAUACAUUGAAUGGAACAGCAUGCGCAAUUCCAAGACUGCUGAUAUCUCUAAUAGAAAAUGAACAAAAUGAGAAAGGGUUAAUACACAUACCGAAAGUAUUACAUAGAUACAUGCAAGAUAAAACUUUUAUAGGGAAACAAAAAGGGGUACCGGAAUUGAGACUUGUGAAGAAUAAAAAGAAAUAAUACAGUUCAAAAGAAAA